UGGAUGAAAAUGAAGAAUGUAUUUCAUUAGGGACAUUCAUACCCUAUUGGACAGGCUGCUCAUAGAUUGUCUUUCUAAAUAAUCGCAUUAUAUUCAAGCAUUUAAUGUUUUUGCUUCAGAAUAUUUUUGUUUCUUUUUGUUUAUUCUAGAUCAAUAGUUGUGAUUGGAUGCACGACUAGUUAAAGGUACAGACUCCUAUGAAGUGUGUCUAACCUGAUUCUGAGGGCUUAGUUUUAUUUAUGCUUCAUAACAAAAGAAUCAUAUUUUAAAAAGUAAGACCGGUCUUAUUCUUAUUGUCUUUUGAGCAUCAACAAUGGAAAAUUCUUCUACUGAAAUGAUUUUUUUCCUCGGUGGUUUGAAUGACACAAGACGAAACAAACUGAUUUAUUUUUUCUGUUCCUUCUUCAUCUAUUUGUUCACAAUUUUUGUGAAUUUGACUCUGCUUGUGACUGUUAUGCUGGACAGAGUUCUGCAUGAGCCCAUGUACAUCUUCCUGUGUAAUCUGUGUGUCAAUGGGAUUUAUGGUGCUACAAGUUUUUACCCCAAGAUUCUGCUGGACCUCCUAUCAGAUUCACAUAUCAUUUCAUACAAUGCAUGUGUAACUCAGAUAUUCGUGGUCUAUUCUUAUAUUCUAUGUGAGCUCGCCAAUCUGACAGUGAUGGCUUAUGACAGGAAUGUUGCAAUAUGUAACCCACUGCAGUAUCACCCCAUUAUGACCCCUGGGAAGGUGGGGAAAUUACUCCUGGUGCCCUGGCUGAUACCUUUUGUUGAGAUUUUAAUUACAGUUCUUCUAAUGGUCAGGCUGCCUUUGUGUGGAUCUAUGAUAAAUAAGCUUUAUUGCACAAACUGGGAAGUGGUGAAGCUCUCCUGCAUAGACACCAGGGUGAAUAAUCUAUAUGGAUAUGGAUUAGUCGUCUCUCAUUUCAUCCAAGCACUGCUGAUUGUAAUCUCCUACUUCCAUAUCAUCAGAACUUCUGUGCGAUCGAAAGCAGGACAGAGCAGGUUCAUGGAGACCUGUCUGCCUCAUCUGAUCACUCUGACUACCUUCUGUCUAUUUACUUCAUUCGAUGCCUUGUAUGCACGCUAUGGAUCCAGCAGCAGCUUGCAGGGUCUCCGUAACUUCCUCUCCAUAGAGUAUCUGAUCAUCCCUCCCCUGCUCAACCCCCUCAUUUACGGCCUCAAGCUGAAGCAGAUUCGUCUGAGUGUCUGGAAGCUGCUCAGUUGGAAAGUCAGUGCGCUGACAUAGAUUCCAGAAUGUUCUUCCCCCCAAUAAAUAAAAUCAGUGACAGACUGAAUUUUUUUUUCAUUAACUCUUAAGGUGUGACUGUAAUGAUUUCAAAAUUAGUCAUAUUGAAGCAUGACAGGAGCUCUGUGCUAAAUGUGAGGAUCAGCUACUCAAAGCUCAGGGUUUAAUAGAGAAGCUGCGCCCCCUCGUGUCCGUCACAGAUACAUUGGACACCACAGUCUGUAGUGAGAGUAAUAAUCAAUGCUGAUGUCUGCUGCUUCCUGUGGGGGGCUAUAAUAGAGCUAUCACCUGCUACCUCCACUAAGAGGCUAAUCAUAGGUCACAUGACUCUCACUCCACCUGUUGGGACCCAGAGAUUUAUCGGUCCAUCCCUUCAUAACCCAUUGCUUUAUGCAUGUGUAACCCUUAUUAUCUUCUUCUUUCCUAUCUUGUUGUUUUUCUAAGUAAUUCCACUUUGCCACAUCAUAAUCAUAUCUCUAUUAUAAGCAGGAAUUGUGAUUUGUACCAAAGACUAAACAAACAAACACCUCUACGACCCAACAAUGCCAAGAAUAGCUAAAUCAUCACACUUAAGCUGGAAUUUGAAGGAAAAUUCCCCCAAACUAGUAAUCUCCCUAUGAAACUUUCAACAAAUAGACUCCUUUGGGCAGCAGGCAUCUCUAAUCUAAGGGCUGCAAUCCUAUUUUGGGCAC